AUGCAGAUCCCUCAGCUCACGACCUUCGGCCGUUACAUCUCUGUCAUUCCGCUGCUCUCCGUGCUGACGGUAAUGACGAUUAAAGACCCCUUUCGAGUGCUGGCGACGCCACCGCACCGACGCGCGCGAGAAUGGGCGCGCGAGAAUGGGCCACUGCGGGGGCCAGUGGUGCUCUGCCACGUGGAAGAGCAUUCGCGUGGGGGAGCUGGUGCAUGUACGGUGGGACACGGCGGUCCUGACCCUGGCCUGUACCACAUGAGAAUAUUCCACGCCUCACACCAUCUCUCGCCCGUACCUGCCACCGCCAAACAGCUAGCGGACGAGGUGCGGGCAGUGAAGGGCGUGAGCAUGCGCCUGUGCCCGAUGCGAGUCUCUCUGGACCGGGUCAUUCUCACCGCCGCUGGCGCGCUACUGGCAUGCUGGCAGGUGGUGGAGGGCACGGAUCCAACAGAGCUGAGGGACGAGCUCAAGGAGGCUCUGCCGCGCGCUCCCAAGCAGCAGUUGCUGAUUUGCGUGUGUGUUUUGAGUUGA